AUGGCUUUCAGAGCUAGAAAGAGGGGCCAAUCCAUUAUUAUUGGGAAGUAUAAGGAACAAUAUGAAUUACUUCCCAGGUAUGCAGAGGAGAUACUUAAGAGCAAUAGGGCCAACACUGUGAAGCUGAAAUUGAAUGGGAAUGUCUUUGACAGGAUUUACAUAUGCUUUGAGGCAUUAAGGAAAGGCUUUGUAGCUGGGUGCAAGCCUUUCAUUUCCCUAGAUGGCUGUUUUCUUAAGGGACCUUAUGGUGGGCAGUUGUUAGUGGCAGUUGGUAGGGAUGGGAAUAAUCAAAUGUUCCCUAUUGCCUGGGCUAUUGUCGAAGUUGAAAAGACUGAAACUUGGAGCUGGUUCUUAUAUCUUUUGGCUGCUGACCUAGGGACUGAUGAAGGUGCUUGGUACACCUUCAUGUCAGAUCAACAAAAAGGGUUACUUGCAGCUGUUGCAGAGCAGUUAGAAAAGCAUAAGGUGUGGGCUAGAGGUUGGAAUGCCUUUUGGGAUGGGGGAUUUAGCUAUGGAGUCAGGGAUGGGUCAACUCAAUGCAAGUAUGUGGUGAACUUGGCACAAAGAACUUGCACUUGCAAUGCUUGGCAAGUGAGUGGCAUUCCCUGUAAACAUGCCAUAGUUGCCAUUUGGAAGAAGGUUGAUGAACCUGAAGAGUAUACGAGUGAAUAUUUCAGAAAAUCAACUUAUGCAAAUGCGUACAGUUUUUUUCUUGAACCCCUAAAUGGUCCACAGGAGUGGCCUACUUCACAGAACACAAUCAUUCCCCCUCCAUUGAAAAAGGUCAAUCACAGACCUAAGACAAAGAGAAAUCCAAGUGUUGGGGAAGUGACUGAAAAAGGGAAACUGAGGAAAACAGGGGUUGCAAUGAAUUGUAGUUUGUGUGGAGUGCAAGGGCACAAUAAAACAACCUGCAAGAAUACCCCCAGGGAAUCAAAUGCUGGUGGAAUUGCUCAUCAUCAGAACAAGACACAACCUAGGUUAACUCCCAGCACAGUCCCCAUGCACAACAGAGGAGUGGGAAUUUACACCUACUCAAUGGAUACCGAAGAAUUGCUACUGUAA